AUGUUAGCAGCUGGUGAUAUCUACACUCUGAAAGUUGUCAGGUCUAUUAACACCAAUAGAGAGACAUUCUGGGCAAUAAAGGAUCCUAAAACUGAAUCGAGAUUAUUCUCGCGUUUUGAUUAAAUCUUACUAGAUAAAUUUUAAACUCAGAAGCUAGCUUUUCACUAUCAUGACUUUGGAGUGCCUCUUGCAGACUUUAAAAAUAAUUAGAAAAUCUCAAGUUUCUUUAAGAUACUCUAAACUGACACACUAAUUGAAUAAGGUAAUCUUGAGUUUGUUGCUUCAGUGGAAGCUUUCAACUAUCCGAUAUAUGGAACUCUUUAUCAUCCUGAAUAUCAAGUACUUGAAUAUGGCAAACCUUUCCUAAAUAACAGAAAUAAGGAUACUCUCGAGAUUUUAAGAUAGUUUGCAGAAUUUUUUAGGUAGGAAGCAUACUAUAACCCUAAUUCUUUUACCGAUAGUAAAUAAUUUGAGGGUAUGUCUUUCGCAAAUAUUGGCACUUUGGUUUAUGACUUAGGAAGUUCUAAGUUAAUCCUAGCCAAUGGCCUUAAGAAUCAUACAUCAAACUCUACUCCUUUAAAUCAAGGUAUAGCCUUAGUCUAAACGGGAAGUUAAAAUUUGACAGAUCAUGUUUUUUUAGAAGAUUGCUAAUAAGGGCCUGUUAACAGCGAAGGGAAAGACAGCUAAGUAAACAGAUUUCUUGAAUUCGCAAAAGCCCUUACAAAUCUCAUUUUUGUUGGUUCAUUCGAAUACAUGUGA